AUGUCGGACGGAGAAGAGCCCACCUCGCCCACCCCGGCCGAAGACCCCGAGACCGUCGAUGUCGCCGCCGACGCGCCUGCCGCCGGUGGCAGCUCUCAGAUGACCACCCUCGAAGCCCUCAAAGGCGCCCUGAAGCUCGCCCUCAUCCACGACGGCCUCGCCCGCGGCCUCCGCGAAGCCUCCAAAGCGCUCGACCGGCGCCAGGCGCACAUGUGCGUGCUGAACGAAGGGUGCGAGGAGGAGGCCUACAAGAAGCUGGUGGUGGCGCUGUGCGGGGAGCACGGGAUCCCGCUGAUCAAGGUGCCCGACGGGAAGAUGUUGGGGGAGUGGGCCGGCUUGUGCGUGCUCGACCGCGAAGGCAACGCCCGGAAAGUCGUCAAUUGCUCUUGCGUCGUGGUGCGGGAUUGGGGCGAGGAGAGUCAGGAGCGGUCCAUCUUGAUCAAUUACUUCGCGACCGAGCAAUAG